UGGAACCGGAGCAUUUAGUGGAAACUGCCAAAUUCAUGGAUGUAUUCCUCCUCUUUCGCAACAAGUUACCGAAAACUUAGUGUCCGCAACUCUUUAUAUGGAAAGUCCUACUGAGGCUAAAGGUCAAACAUUAAGAAAUGAGUGUCUUCUCAAUACAAACUCUCAAAUGAAAGUCCAUCGUAGCUGUUUUUGUGUGCGAUUUAUAGCAGAACAUACAAAGCUGCUAGAAGACUCUACCAAGGUCAAAGAAGACUGGAAGUAUGUGGCUAUGGUAUUAGAUCGAUUGUUUUUAUGGAUUUUUACACUAGCCGUUUUAGCAGGGACUGCUGGUAUAAUACUUCAAGCGCCUACUUUAUAUGAUGAUCGGAUCCCAAUAAUUGAGAACAAAAAAAUUGAUUUUUCCGGCAUUUCAGCGGGACGAUGUCGUCCUUCUCAAUAGGCUGCAAAAUAAGCCAUUAGUGCAAUAAAAAAAAAGCAUAGCAUACUCGUAUAAUCAUAUUUGUGUACAUAAAACCAUUAUCAUUUUCCAUUAUUUUAAAAAAUAUUAAGUUAAAAGUUCUCUUAAUAAUUAACUAUAAUUGUUGCAUACAUUAAAAUGUUUCAAGUCUAAACAAAUGGAAUUAUUUGAUAAGUAAUAUUUUCUAUACUAAAACUGUAAAAAUUAUCGUCACAAUAAUAGUAACAGCAGGUAUAAAAGUGACAAUACUAAAACUGUAAGAAAUAUCGUCACAAUAAUGUUAACAGCAGGUAUGAAAGUGACAAUAGUUUCGUACGAAAAUAAAGGGCAAUUUAACGCGGUUGAUCGUUGAUCCUCAAUAGCAUAACAUA